AUGCCAUCGAGCCCGACGAUGCUCGCCCUCGAACGCGAUCCGGCGCUCGCCCUCGAACGCGAUCCGGCGCUCGCCCUCGAACGCGAUCCGGUGCUCGCCCUCAAACGCGACCCGACGCCUGGCCUCGAACGCCCCCGACGCGCCCUCCAGAAUUCCCGUGCGCUCGCCCCCCCAUCCGUGCCUUCUCCUCCCACCCGCCCGCGCGCUCGCCAUCUAGGCCGUUCGCCUCCGGGAUCGUCGUCCAGCUCUGCCCGCCCUCGGAAUCGUCGUCCAGCUUCACCCGCGCGAAGCCUCGUCGCCCAGCCCUGCCCGCGCGAAGCCUCGUCGCCCGCCCGCACGCCCGACGCCUUGUCGUCCCCCGCGUUCCUGGGCUCGCCGCCCACCGCGUUCCUGGGUUCACCGCCCACCGUGUUCCGAGCACGCCAUCAAAGCAUGCCCCACGAACAUGCCUCCGGCCGCAGCGAGCGAGCAUUGCCGGUACUUGGCCCCCUAUACUCCGUCACCGCCCACGCAUCCUGA